UCCAGUGCAUUCUCCGGAUUCUGUCUUAUUCAUCAACCCAACACAACAAUUUAUUGAAUUUUACCUACAACAAAAAAAUGAUGCAUCAAGUGGCCAUCAAAGCUUUGGAUACAUAACUAAUUCAAAGCAACAAGUGUCUAGUUUGGUCUAGUUGUUUUUUUAACAAUAAUAUUUAUGAUAAAAUAAAUAAUAAUAACAACAACAACAAUAUACGUUUGUCAAAAAGUUUGGAGUAAAAAAUAAUCAUUAUUAUUAUUAUAUAAAAAAGUAAAAAAAAGUAAAAGUCUAAAAAUGAAUUAUAGUAGAAGAAAAAAAAAGCGUAUUAAUUAUGGAGUAAGAGCUGUUGAAUUAACAAGAGGAAUAAAAGGUUUUGGUUUUACAAUAUCUGGACAACAACCAUGUAUACUUAGUUGUAUUGUACCAGGUAGUCCAGCUGAUAUUGCUGGUUUACGUGCUGGUGAUUAUUUAAUUGCUGUUAAUUCAUUUAAUGUUGGUAAAACACCACAUGAUGAUGUUGUUAAAUUAAUUGGUCAUUCAAGUGGUAUAUUACGUUUACAAAUUGCUGAAAAUUAUUAUUCUGAUUCAUCAGAUGAUGAAGGUUUAACAACAGCACGUAUUAAACCAAAAUAUUCACAUAAACAAAAAAGUGUUUGUGGUAAUACAUCAACAACAACAUCAACGACGACAAAUACAACAACAGCAACGACAUCAUCAUCAUCAUUAACAACAACAAAAACAACAACAACAACAGCACAAGUACAAUGUAGAGUUGCUAAAGUUGUUAGAGAUUUACAAACUGGUGCAAUGUUUGAUGAUAAUAAUGAAUUAAUUGAUAGAUUACCAAUUGGUAAAUUACAAUGUAAUCAAAAUGGUAUUUAUCAUCGUUGGAAUUUAUCAAAUUCAGUACCAUUACCACCACCACCACCACCUCCACCACCACAUUUACAUAAAAGAGAUACUGAAAAAAUUGUUCAUAGAACUGUUGUUGGAUAUCUUGGUACAAUUGAUAUACCAAAUAUUCAUCCAUCAACAAUGAUGCAGGUAUUAAAAAAAUGCAUAAAAAGACUGAAAGCUGAAAAACGUAAUCCAACAACAGUAUUACUUACAAUACAUGUUACAAAUAUUAAAUUAACAAAUUCAGAUAAUAAAAUAAUUGCUGAAUAUCCAUCAUAUAGAAUUGUAUUUUGUAAUUCAUUUUCUGAACAUGAUAAACAAUAUUUUGGUAUAUUAACAAAAACAGCAAAAGAUAAUGAUGAUAUUGUAUCAAAUUCAUGUCAUGUAUUUAAAAUAUAUGAUAAAUUAAUUGAUCAUUCAGUACAUUUAAAUACAUGUUGUAAAUUUAAUUUUACAUGUACAAAAACAUGUGAAUUGAAUGUUUGUCAAGAAUUUCCAGAUAGUUGUAAUGGUUUAAUUGGUGCAAUAAAAACAUUAUACAUUACUGAUACAAAUAAUAAUAAUAAUACAGAUACAAAUAAUUAUACAAUUGGUGAUAAUAGAAGACGUGAUACAGUAUCACCACAACCAAGUAAUAUAAGUACAUCAACAGCUCAUUCAAGUAAUUCAGAUUCUGGUAUUGGUUUUAAAGAUGAUUAUGGAAGUCAAUCAGAUUUUUUACAACAACGUAAUAAAUGUCAACAAUCAAUUAAUCCAAGAUCAUCAAGUGUACCAUGUACAUUUAAUAUUGUUAAUAAUAAUAAAAAUAUAUCAUUAACAAAUUUAUCAUUAAUAUCACAUGAGCUAUAUUCACUUGGUAAUAGAGAAACAAUACGUGCAUCAUGUUCAAAUAUACGUAAAACAUUAUCAAUUGUUACUGCAAUGGAUAAAGUAGUCAAUGGGGAUGAUGUUGGUAAUAAUAAUAAUAUUAAAAGGGAUGAUUGUAGUGGUGAUGUUGAUGGGGAUGUUGAUACUAAUGGUGGGGAUAAAAGUAUCACCUGCUCUCAAACAUCUGCUCAAAAUUUUGUUAAUACAUCAAGCCACGAUAUAUCGUCAGUUGGUUCUUCAACAUUUUCACGUACAAUUGCUGGAAUGUUACGUCCAAAUGAUAUUGAUGAUUAUUGUGAUUUUAAUCAUUUAAAUAUGUGCAAUAAAUUAAGUCCAAAAGUAUUUAAUACAUCAUCAAAAUCAUUUAUACACAGUAUGGAAGAUCUUAAACAAGAAAAAAAUAUUUCAACAAUGGAUUUAUCAUUUUUAAAUAAAUCAGAUGUUAGACCUUGGGGAAGCUUACAGGAGAUACGCAACGUUGGUGGUUUUGAAUCUGAUUGUAUGUUUUACAGCAGUACAGAGUCAUGUGACAAGACUGAUGUUGAUGUUCAUACAUGGGCAACUGGUUUUGAAAAACUUCUUCAAGAUCCCAAAGGUCUUCAGACAUUUGCUGAAUUUUUAAAAAAAGAAUUUAGCCAUGAAAAUAUAUAUUUUUGGGCAGCUAGUGAAAGAUAUAAUGACACUGAAGAUGUAUCAGCUAGAAGAACACUUGCUUGGCAAAUUUAUCAACGUCAUUUAUCAACAACUGCUGUUGAACCAGUUAAUGUUGAUAGUCAUGCAGCUGGACAAAUAACACAAGAACUUAUUAAUUUAGCUCCUGAAGGUCUUUUUCUUCAUGCACAAAAACAAGUAUUUAAUCUAAUGAAAUUUGACAGUUAUCCAAGAUUUUUAAGAUCAGAUUUAUAUCGUAAAUGUCUCGAAACUGGACGUAGUGUUGUUAGUAAUGAUGAUCAAGAUUUAACAUUAACAAAUUCACCAAGUGUUAAAUUAAAAAAAAGUCAUUCUGAUGCUGAGGAUAGAUGUAGAAAAUCAAUAUUACCAUGGCAUAGAAAAAAUCGAUCAAAGUCAAAAGACAGAGGUGAAUCAGAGUACAAAAAUACACCUACAAGAGGUGAAACAAUAUACAAAAGUUUUACCAAGAUUAAAAGAGAAACAGAAGGUAAUAAUAAUGAUGACAAUGUAUCAAUAUCAAGCAGUCGAUCAUCACUAGCAUCAUGGGAUCUUGCAUUACGACAAUCUUUUAGUAAACACAUGGCUAAUUUAAAAUAUCCAUCAUCAGUAUUAUCUGGCCAAGAAGUUGAAGUUGUACCAACAAAAGUAUUAAAAGUUGAUUUACCAUCACGAAGAAAUAUUAUAACAGUUGUUGCUCAUAAAGGACGUAGUUUAAAAGAAGUAUUACGACCAUUAUUAAAUAAAUAUGGUUUUAAAAUGGAGAUGAUUACUAUUUGGGGUGAUGGUCAACAAGUAUCUCUAGAUAUUCCAGCUAUAAAUGCACCAGUUAGAUUAAUUUUGACAUCAAAUAAUGAUGACUAUCAACGUGAUAAUAAUCAAUGCCAAGAAGAUAUACCUCAAGGACAAUCAACACUUGAUGAAAUAACAAACAAAGUAUUUGAAGAACUUUUAGUUGGUAAAAGUUCAAAUAAAAAUUCAUAUCAUGAAGGUUCAUACAAGUCGGAUGAUCAGAGAUCAGAGAGUUCAUCUAUAUUAUCAAGUAAAUUAUUUUCACGUGACACAUUUGGAAAGAAAAAAUCAAAAUCAAAAAGCAGUAAUAUUAGUGUUAAAAGUAAUUCAACUGAUAUUGAUACUGGUGAAGAAAGUUCACAUUCAAAUAAAACCAGUGCACCAUUAAUUGCCAAAUUGAGAAAUGGAGUUAAACUUCAGUUACCAGGAAAAUUUGAUGGUGAUGAAUUAUAUGAAGGACUUAAAAGAGCUCAAAGAUCAAGGCUUGAAGAUCAACGUGGAACAGAAAUUAAUUUUGAACUUCCUGAUUUUUUAAAGCAAAAUAAAGAAAAUGGAAAACGUAAUGAUGAUAAAAAAAAUCGUAAAUGUUCAUCAAUAUCAUCAGGAAAUCGUGAAAGUACAUCAAAAUUUUAUGAUUCAAGUGAUGACAAUAAUAAACAACAACAUCAACAAAAUUCAUUAUGUCGUGAAGCUAAAAAACCACGUCCAUUUAGUGGUGAAUCACACAGUAUGAAUUUUAAAGGUUUUGAUCCACGUAAACGUCUUGAUUCAACAAAUAGUCUUGAUGGUACACUUGAAGAUACAGACAAAACAAUAAUUGGAAUUGAAUUUCAAUCAAGUCAUGAUUCAUUAAUUGAUAAUCAAUUUUUAUCAUCACCAAUGUUAAUGAAACCACCACCAUUACCACCAAAACCCAAGGGUCUUCAACGUACCAAUAUCAUGAAAAAUAAAAUUUCACCAACAAAACUAUUACCAAUGACUGCAACAAUUAACAAUAUUUCAUCUCAAGAGUUACGUAAUAAUAAUAAUAGUAAUAAUAUAUUUUAAAGUAUUAAAAAAAAUAUAUAUAUAUAUUUAUAAUUUUAUUUUUAAAUUUAAAAUAGAUAAAUAAUUUUAGUAAACUUCAGUGAGACUGAUUUAAAACAAAAAAUAAAAGCAGAAAAAUAUUAUCACGUGAAUUUAGUAAUAUUAUGGAUUUUAUGAAUGAAAUUUAAGAAAAAAUUAAUGAAGAAUAAUCUAGCUUGGUGAGUUUUAUUCAGUAUAAUAUUAAAUAUUAUUUUUUAUUUUUAUAUCAUCAGUAUAAUAUUUUUAAUCUAUCAUACAAAUAUCCAAGAAAAAAUAAAAUAUUAUUAAAUAAUUUCUCAUGGAUAUUUGUAUUACGAAUGUAAAUAAAUCAGUUAAUUUAAAAUUAUUAUUUACAAAAUUUAAUUAAACAAGUGCCUUAAGCAAAAAAUAUUAUUUAUAAUAUUAACGACUGCAUAAUUAUUAAUUUUUUUAUACAAAGUAAAAUGUAAGGCAUCUUGUUGAGCAAUUGCUAUUGAAUAAAAAACAAAAAU